GAAAAAUAAAUUUUUUAAAUGAAUGGACCAUGUAACCAUGGAAACGAGCCUUUACUGCCACAGUCGAUUGUAAUCCUGGUCUCACACUGAGACAAAUGACCAUUCAUUCAUUCAUUCAUGCAUUAUUCAUUGUUUACAAUCAGUGACACAGUAAAAAAUAAUCUUUAAUCCACAAAAUAAGAAUCAAUCAUAUGAAGAAUCCGCUGAAAUGACUUAUAAUGAAAUGGUGAUUAUUGCUCCACCGUUCUCAUGUUAAAGUUUUUAUAAAAAAGACAAACAUUUGUGGGAUGUCACAAAUGUCUCCUUCAAAAAUGUCGGCCGCAUGAGGAGGAGGAGCUGGCCACCUGUGACACAUUCUGCCAACAUCCAGACUUCUAUCCUCACCCUCCUCCCAAAGACGGACCUGCAGGCGUCCUCUGUCUGUCUGUCUGUGUCUGUCUGCAGCUCGAAACACUUUAACUUCACUGUAAUUUAGUGUGUAUUUUUUAAAUUGAUCAAACACACAAAGCUGUAUUUUAUAGUGGCAAAUGAAGUUGUGUUUUAAAAAUCUCCGUCUCUCUGUCUCCAUCUCUGUCUGUCUCUCUCCGUCUCUGCGUCUCCGCCUUAGGCAGACAUUUUUGUAAGGUGUGCAGUUAAAAGCUCAGAAUCCAUUAAAGACUUGAGUCCACAAAGACCUCAAGUCUUCAGAGAGCCAGAUCCUCUGAAACCUGGUUCCACCAGAGACCAGACUUUGAGAAAACAUGAUCAUGAUCUUCAUCUUCAUCAUUCUUCUCCCAGUGACACAGCUACAAAUCAUCCCAGAGCUUCACAAGCUUCAGGAUCCUCAGGAGCUUCAGGAUCCUCAGGGGCUUCAGGGGCUUCAUGAUCCUCAGUGGCUUCAGGAGCUUCAGAAUCCUCAGUGGCUUCAGGAGCUUCAGGAUCAUCAGUGGCUUCAGGAGCUUCCAGGUCCUCAGCAGCUUCAAGAUCUCCAGGAGCUUCAGGAGUUUCAGAAGCUUCAGAAUCCUCAGGACAUUCAGGAGCUUCAGUGGCUUCAGGAUCCUCAGGAGCUUCAGGAUCAGUGUAGCAGUGGUUUCUGUCGCCCUCAGCUGGGUGACCUGAUGAUCGGUCGAGCUUCUCACCUAUCGACCUCAUCAACCUGUGGUUUGGAGCAACCUCAUCACUACUGCAUCAUCGGAUACCUGGAGGAGGUGCAGAAAUGUUUCACGUGUGACUCUCGUCUGCCGUACGAUCGCUAUAACAACCAGAACAGCCACCGCAUCAAGAAUGUCAUCACAACCUUUGACCCUGAGAGAAAAAUGCAGUGGUGGCAGUCUGAGAAUGGUGUUCAUCAUGUCAGUAUCCAGUUGGAUCUGGAGACAGUUUUCCAGUUCAGUCACAUGGUUCUCACCUUUAAGAGUUUCCGUCCAGCCGCCAUGUUGGUGGAGAGAUCAAAGGACUUUGGACGGACGUGGAAAGUGUUACGUUAUUUUGCCGACGACUGUUCGCUUCAUUUCCCUUCAGUGUCCAGUGAGUCAGCUGACCGUGUCGAUGACAUCAUCUGUGACAGCAGAUACUCCGGGCCGGAACCAUCCACUGAUGGAGAGGUGGUGCUGAAAGCGCUGGAUCCAAUCUUUGAAAUUCAAAGCCCUUAUGCUCCAAAUAUCCAAGAUCUAAUCACGCUAACAAACAUUCGUGUGAACUUCACUCGUCUCUUCACGCUCGGUGACACCCUGCUGAGUCGCAAACGCAGAGACCCUGAGAACAAAUAUUACUACGCUCUUUAUAACAUGGUUGUACAAGGAAGCUGCUUCUGUCAUGGACACGCCAGCCACUGCAUGCCUGUGGACGCAAGACACACCCACACUGGCAUGAUUCAUGGUCAGUGUGUUUGUCAGCACAACACAGCUGGAGAGAACUGUGACAGAUGUCAGGAAUUUCACCAUGACUCCCCCUGGAGGCCAGGAGAAGGACACACAGCUGAUGUGUGCAGGAGAUGUAACUGUCAUGGUCACUCACACUCGUGUCAUUUCGAUGCUGCUCGUUUUGAGGCGACAGGCGGAGCGAGUGGUGGCGUGUGUGAUAAUUGUCUCAAUGAGAGGACGGGGCCUCAGUGUGAACGAUGUAGUCCUUUUCUUUAUCGGGAUCCUCAGAAAGCAGUGGAGGACCCGUACGCCUGCAUACCCUGUGACUGUGACACAGACGGUUCCCUUGGCGACGGUCUCUGUGAUGGUCUGACUGGUCAGUGUGUCUGUAAACAGAACGUGGAGGGUCAGCGCUGUGAUCGCUGCAAACACGGCUUCUUUGGCCUGAGUCCAGACAACGCGGCUGGUUGUCAAGCAUGCAGGUGUCAUCCUUUGGGAAGCGUUGGGUCAUGUGAUCAGCUGACAGGAAGUUGUGAAUGUGAACAUCUGGCGAGCGGGCCACUGUGCGAUCAAUGUGUGACAGGUUACUGGGGUUUAGGAACCUCUGUGUUCAGGUGUUCACCCUGUGACUGUGAUGUGGGCGGAGCUCUCAGCAGCACAUGUCCUCCAGACGACGGACAGUGUCACUGUUUACCAAACAUGAUUGGUCGACGCUGCUCUGACCCCGCCCCCGGGUACUUCCUGCCUUCACUGGACUACUUCCUGUAUGAGGCGGAGUUUGCUGCUCCUCUGCUUGAAGGAAGUUCUCCAACAAAAACUCCAUCCUCAUUUCUGGUGAAUCCUCAGUGUGAGGAGUACUUCAGAAAUCAGGGAUUCCACUUUAAAAUUUCAAAUGGACGAAUUGUUCUGGUUCAAAGGUCGCAUGGAUUUGUUCGCAGGAGGAGACAGCAGUCCAGCAUCCCUUCAGAUACGGAUCACACCGUGCAGGUCGUCGCGCGUCAGAGACCAACUAAUCAGGAAGUGACCUGGACUGGCCUGGGAUUGGUCAGAGUUUUGGAGGGGGCAGGUCUUCGCUUCACUGUGGAUAAUCUGCCGUCUUCUAUGGAUUACCAGCUUGUGAUUCGCUAUGAGCCGGAGACUCCAUCUGAUUGGCUGGCUUCAGUCAGCAUCAUGAUGCUGUCACCUGGUGACCACGGCUGCAGCAGUGAGCCAACAGGAAGUGAACGUGUGAUUCUCUCCGGAAACUCCAGGACAAGUCUUCUGGACUCCACAGUGUGUCUCAGUGCAGGUGCUGUCUACUUUGUGGACGUAGUCUUUCAAAAACAAAGUGGAUCAGAUGGAUCGUUCAUCCUGAUUGACUCGAUUGGUCUGGUUCCUAGAAUUGAGUCCGUCCAGAACUUCUGCUCUCAGACUCACUUGGAAUCAUUUCGCCGGUGUGUUGGAUUGGCUGCUGAGCUCGACCCGCAGGUGUCACUACCAGAACUUUGUGAAGGACUUAUCAAGAGCAUGUCGGCUCACAUCCACCACGGAGCAGUUGUUUGCAGGUGUGACCUCAUUGGCUCUGUUGGACCAUCCUGCAGUAAACUGGGCGGCUUCUGUAAAUGUAAGCCGAAUGUGAUUGGCCGUUGCUGUGAUACCUGCGCACCAUUGACCUUUGGCUUUGGACCCGAUGGCUGCAAACCAUGUCAGUGUGACACUCGCGGUUCAGUCGCGCCGCUGUGUGAUCAGGUCAGAGGUCAGUGUGCGUGUCGUUCAGAGGUGACGGGCCAACACUGUGAUCGCUGUCGGGCCGGAUUCUGGGGUUUCCCUCUGUGUCGACUCUGUGACUGUAACGGAUUAUCAGAGGAGUGCGACGACGGGACGGGACAAUGUCGCAAUUGCAGAGAGAACACUGCUGGACCACAAUGUGACAGGUGUGUGGAUGGUUACUAUGGAAACCCUGCAUCCAGACAGACCUGUGAACCCUGUUUGUGUCCAGAUAUUCGGGGCAGUGGACGAUUCUUUGCCACUUCCUGCCAACAUGACCCACAAUCCAUCAGUUUGAUGUGUAACUGCAGGGAAGGGCACACAGGGUCACGAUGUGACAGAUGCGCCCCUGGUUACUAUGGCGACCUGACUUUGCCCAAAAUCAGCUGUGAAGAGUGUCAUUGUAACAACAACAUCAACCCAGAAGACCGUGACGCCUGCGACACCCUGACGGGUGAAUGUCUGCGCUGCCUCCACAACACGAUGGGAACAAGCUGCCAAAGCUGCAAACCUGGUUACUACGGCAAUGCUCUGGUGCAAGACUGCAAAGAAUGUUCCUGUGACCGUCGUGGAACCAAAGUGAUUCAUUGUCCUCUGGGAAGCUCCUGUUUCUGUGAUGAGAGGACAGGACAGUGUCCAUGCAGGACAGGAGUGAUGGGUGUCCUCUGUGACACAUGUGAAGAUGGAUACUGGAACCUGGACGGAUCGUCAGGAUGCCAGCCCUGCGGCUGUGAUCCGGUAAACUCCGCCUCCAUCAUAUGCAACAAGGUGACAGGACAGUGUCCUUGUCUUCCUGAAUUUGGAGGGAGACAAUGUGAUGAAUGUGGAGAAAAUCACUUUGGGAAUCCUGACCUGCAGUGUAUCUGUGAGGGAUCAGUCAAAUGCACACAUUCAUGUUCAGUGUGGUCUUGCUGCUUUUUAAUUCUUCACAUCAUCUUCUCAGCGUGUGAGUGUAACCUGGAGGGAACCGAGCGUCCGUCAUGUGACCCUGAAACAGGUGAAUGUCUCUGUCGAGCUGGUGCCACAGGUAUCUUGUGUGAUGAAUGCGCCUCUGGCAACAUGUCGGCGUUCCCAGUUUGCGAGGAGUGCCACCCCUGCACUGCCAUUUGGGCUGAUAGUGUCACAGAUGUCCAACGAGCUGCUCAGAGGAUGAUGACUUUAAUCCCUCGCUACGAUGGCGACCUACAGCCCAGAGUCAGUCGCCAACAGCAGUGGACGCUGCAGAUGCACUUAAUGCUGGACAGCCUCGCCAACCUGACAGGACUCUCCCAGCAGAAAGUGAAGAAGGCGGAAAAGAUUUGUGUGAAAAUUGGGAAGUUGAGAGAGGCCGUCGACCCGAACAGGAUCCUGAUUGACCCGUCUUCUCUUCUCAACACUGAAAUUGACAACAUUCGUUGGGAAUUCAACAAACUGCUAAAGAACCUGAAGGAGAGAUUGAUAGAGGACCCAGAUGAUGAUGAUGAAGAUGUGGAAAAGCUACGAGAUGAGACCCAGGAGCUUCUGAAAAAUGUCCUGUUGGAUGAGAACAGAGUAAAUGUGGCCCGCAAAGCUUUAGAGGUUUCAGUGGAGACCAGACAAGAAGUGGAUCACAAACUGAGCCAGUGCAGAGAUCUGACUCCACUGGAGAAGAUGAUUAAAGAGCUUAGUGUGGUCACGCUCAACCGACAGGUCUGUGGAGGAUCAGGUCUGGAUAACUGUUCAGGAUGUGGUGGAGCUCUGUGCAUCUUGACUCUGGGACGAAGAAAAUGUGGAGGUCCAAGCUGUGAUGGAGUCGUUCCUGCCAGUCAGACGGCUUUAGAAAUAACCAAGAGGGCAAAAAAACAACUCACCUCACUCACCCCGGGUCUGGAGGAGUCCAGGACCAAGAUCCACAAAGCCAAUCAGGCAGCGCAGGCGACCAAAAACCAGGCCAAAGACUCACGUGAGAAGAUCCACGACAGACUGGAUUCCUUAGAGAGAGAGAACAAAACCAGGGAGUUGAUCCAGCGAGCCAAAGACUACCUGACAGAUGAGAGCGUUCCUCCAGAAGACAUCGAGAAAAUGGCCCAAGCUGUUCUGGACAUUCAGCUGCGACAGUCACCUGCACACAUCCAGUCAAUGAUCAGUGAAAUCAACCGUCUUUCCAACAUGUCAAUGUUGCAGAAGGACUUGAAGAACCUGGAUGAAUAUGAGCAGACAUCUCAGAGUCUGCUGGAGAAGGCUCAGGAACUGAAGGAGAACACAAAGGAUAUUGAUGUGACAGACAUCAGGAGAGACAUUUAUGAUGCAGAGACAGCUCAGGACAAAGCAAACGAUGACCUGGACACAGCCAGCCGAGACAGACACUCGACCAAAGACCGGAUCCAACAUAUUAAAGACAAACUCAACAAAGUUGACAUGAAGGUGAUUAAGAGUCGUCCCGAGGACCUGAAAAAUGAGAUCAGUUUUCUAAAGAAGAAAAAUGAGGAGAACAGAGAAUCUGCAAGAAACGCUCGAGAUGCUGCAGAGACGGCUUUAAAUGCCACAGACACACAAAUGGAACUGGAAGAUGUGAUGAAGAUGUUUCAGUUGCUGAAGCAGAAAAACUCGACUCAGGCGCUUCAUGGUGAAGCUGGAGAACGAGUGAAGAACAUCAUAAAAGAGGCAGAAGAUGUGAACCGUCAGGUGCAGGACAAAUUUGUCCAGUUACGAGGUCUCGAUGAGAAAAUCCAGCUGCUGAUCAAAAGAAAAGAUCAAAAGGUCACUGAAGUGUCCGACCUUCUGAAAACCGCUGAGUCACUGCGACAGGAAAUCUCUCAACGGGCCGAAGAAUACGCCGACUGUACUUCAUAAAUACUACAGACUGUACUUCAUAAAUACUACAGACUGUACUUCAUAAAUACGACAGACUAUACUUCAUAAAUACUACAGACUGUACUUCAUGAAUACUACAGGGUACUGCAUAAUGUAAUACUGUACUUUAUAAAUAAUACAGACUGUACUUUAUAAAUACUACAGACUGUACUUCAUAAAUACUACAGACUGUACUUCAUAGAUACUACAGACUGUACUUCAUGAAUACUACAGGGUACUGCAUAAUGUAAUACUGUACUUCAUAAAUACUACAGACUGUACUUCAUAAAUACUACAGACUGUACUUCAUGAAUACUACAGACUGUACUUCAUAAAUACGACAGACUAUACUUCAUAAAUACUACAGACUGUACUUCAUGAAUACUACAGGGUACUGCAUAAUGUAAUACUGUACGUUAUGAAUAAUACAGACUGUACUUCAUAAAUACGACAGACUGUACUUCAUGAAUACUACAGGGUACUGCAUAAUGUAAUACUGUACUUUAUAAAUAAUACAGACUGUACUUCAUAAAUACUACAGACUACUUCAUAAAUACUACAGAUUGUAUUUCAUAAAUACUACAGUCUGUACUUCAUAAAUACUACAGACUGUACUUCAUAAAUACGACAGACUAUACUUCAUAAAUACUACAGACUGUACUUCAUGAAUACUACAGGGUACUGCAUAAUGUAAUACUGUACGUUAUAAAUAAUACUGACUGUACUUCAUAAAUACUACAGACUGUACUUCAUAAAUACGACAGACUGUACUUCAUGAAUACUACAGGGUACUGCAUAAUGUAAUACUGUACUUCAUAAAUACUACAGACUGUACUUCAUAAAUACUACAGACUGUACUUCAUAAAUACUACAGACUGUACUUCAUGAAUACUACAGACUGUACUUCAUAAAUACUACACACUGUACUUCAUGAAUACUACAGGGUACUGCAUAAUGUAAUACUGUACGUUAUAAAUAAUACAGACUGUACUUCAUAAAUACGACAGACUGUACUUCAUAAAUACUACACACUGUACUUCAUGAAUACUACAGGGUACUGCAUAAUGUAAUACUGUACGUUAUAAAUAAUACAGACUGUACUUCAUAAAUACUACAGACUGUACUUCAUAAAUACGACAGACUGUACUUCAUGAAUACUAAAGGGUACUGCAUAAUGUAAUACUGUACGUUAUAAAUAAUACAGACUGUACUUCAUAAAUACUACAGACUGUACUUCAUAAAUACGACAGACUAUACUUCAUAAAUACUACAGACUGUACUUCAUGAAUACUACAGGGUACUGCAUAAUGUAAUACUGUACGUUAUAAAUAAUACAGACUGUACUUCAUAAAUACAACAGACUGUACUUCAUGAAUACUACAGGGUACUGCAUAAUGUAAUACUGUACUUUAUAAAUAAUACAGACUGUACUUCAUAAAUACUACAGACUGUACUUCAUAAAUACGACAGACUAUACUUCAUAAAUACUACAGACUGUACUUCAUGAAUACUACAGGGUACUGCAUAAUGUAAUACUGUACUUUAUAAAUAAUACAGACUGUACUUUAUAAAUAAUACAGACUGUACUUUAUAAAUAAUACAGACUGUACUUCAUAAAUACUACAGACUACUUCAUAAAUACUACAGAUUGUAUUUCAUAAAUACUACAGUCUGUACUUCAUAAAUACUACAGACUGUACUUCAUAAAUACGACAGACUAUACUUCAUAAAUACUACAGACUGUACUUCAUGAAUACUACAGGGUACUGCAUAAUGUAAUACUGUACGUUAUAAAUAAUACUGACUGUACUUCAUAAAUACUACAGACUGUACUUCAUAAAUAUGACAGACUGUACUUCAUGAAUACUACAGGGUACUGCAUAAUGUAAUACUGUACUUUAUAAACAAUACAGACUGUACUUCAUAAAUACUACAGACUGUACUUCAUAAAUACUACAGAUUGUAUUUCAUAAAUACUAGUCUGUACUUCAUAAAUACUACAGUGUACUGCAUAAUGUUAUACUGUACUUUAUAAAUAUUACAGUCUGUACUUCAUAGAUACUACAUUGUACUAGAAAAUGUAAUGCUGUACUUUAUAAAUACUACAGACGGUACUUCAUAAAUACUACAGACUAUACUUCAUAAAUACUACAGGGUACUGCAUAAUGUAAUACUGUACUUUAUAAAUAAUACAGACUGUACUUCAUAAAUACUACAGGCUGUACUUUAUAAAUACUACAUUGUACUGGAAAAUGUAAUGCUGUACUUCAUAAAUACUACAGUCUGUACUUUAUAAAUACUACAUUGUACUGGAAAAUGUAAUGCUGUACUUUAUAAAUACUACAGACUGUACUUUAUGAAUACUACAUUGUACUGCAAAAUGUAAUACUGUACUUUAUAAAUACUACAGACUGUACUUCAUAAAUACGACAGGCUGUACUUCAUAAAUACUACAGACUAUACUUCAUAAAUACUACAGACUGUACUUCAUGAAUACUACAGGGUACUGCAUAAUGUAAUGCUGUACUUUAUAAAUAAUACAGACUGUACUUCAUAAAUACGACAGACUGUACUUCAUAAAUACGACAGACUAUACUUCAUAAAUACUACAGACUGUACUUCAUGAAUACUACAGGGUACUGCAUAAUGUAAUACUGUACUUCAUAAAUACUACAGACUUUUUCAUAAAUACUACAGACUGUACUUCAUAGAUACUACAGGCUGUACUUUAUAAAUACUACAGACUGAACUUUAUAAAUACUACGUUGUACUGCAAAAUGUAAUGCUGUACUUUAUAAAUACUACGGACUGUACUUUAUAAAUACUACAUUGUACUGCAAAAUGUAAUACUGUACUUUAUAAAUACUACAGACUGUACUUCAUAAAUACUACAGGCUGUACUUUAUAAAUACUACUACUACGUGUCUGUGAAUGUGUGAUGACCUGCAGAGACAAGCAGUCAACCAAUCAGAGAGCAGAUGCUCUGUUUGAGAAGACAUAAACAGCGCACACACGCACACACACACACACACUCAGCGCCCC